UCAAACGCCAACGCUUCUCGUCUUCCUGCUGCCUUCUCCAGUUCUACUCUUCGUCCUCGGCUCCUCUCCCAACUCAAUCCCUCCUCGUUACCAUUUGGCAAAUCACCACCCGAAUCUACUGAGAAAAAACACCUGCUUUUUCCUGCGCGCUUCGAUCCGAAACCCCCAGCUCGGAGUUCUCAACAAGAUUUCGCGGAGCCGGAGCAGGAGCAUCUCUUUCAUACUUUCCUGUAAUCUUCCUGCGACGUCGCAGCAAUUAGCGGCCCAAAUCCGCACGGCAUGAGCAGCUAUUGAGUUAGGUGGGAUGAGAUUCUCGGUUUAGCUCAUCCUUCAGUUGUACCGUGAGAGAUUGAACCCAAUCGAUUGCUGGAGGCCUGGAGUUGAGCAGCUCUUGCCUCUUGGAGUACCUGCGAGUAGAAGUGAUCCAGAGAUUGGAGCUGUUGGUCCUGUCGUGCCAUGGCGCUGUUCCGGAAGUUUUUCUAUAAGAAGCCGCCCGAUGGGCUGCUCCUCAUCACGGACAACAUAUACGUUUUUGAUCAUUGCUUCUCCAUGAAAGAGAUGGAAGAUGACCAUUUUGAAGCUCAUAUUAGAGGCAUUGCAGCAGAUCUUCUGGAAAAUUGUCGUGAUCACUCAUUCAUGGUCUCAAAUUUUGGGACUAGGAAGGAAGAAAGCCCUAUAUACCACAUUUUAUCUGAGUAUGGUAUGACUGUAUUGGACUACCCUGGUCACUAUGAGGGAUGUCCACUCCUCACCAUGGAAAUGAUUCACUGCAUCUUGAAGUCCAGCGAAAGCUGGCUUUCCUUGGGUCAGCAUAACUUACUGCUAAUGCACUGUGAAAAAGGGAGCUGGCCUGUUCUGGCUUUCAUGUUAGCUGCUCUUCUAAUAUACCUGGGGCAGUAUUCCGAUGAGCAGAAAACACUGGAUAUGCUAUACAAACAAUCAUCUUUGGAGCUUUUGGAAAUCUUUUCACCUCUGAAUCCUAUGCCUUCUCAAAUAAGAUAUUUGCGCUAUAUCUCAAUGAAGAAUGUCAUGCCUGAGUGGCCUCCAGCUGAUAGGGCCCUCACAUUAGAUUGUGUUAUUUUGAGGAUGAUUCCAAAUUUUCAAGGUCAAGGUGGUUUCCGUCCAAUAUUCAGGAUAUAUGGCCCAGAUCCACUCAUGCCCCCUGAUCAGACUCCAAAAGUUCUUUUUUCAACUCCAAAGAAAAGCAACCUUGUCCGUUUUUACUCACAGGCAGAUGAACUGGUGAAAAUAAACCUUCAAUGUCAUGUCCAAGGAGAUGUUGUCCUAGAGUGUAUCAAUUUGUAUGAGGAUCUGGAUCGUGAGGAGAUGGUUUUCCGGAUCAUGUUCAAUACAGCAUUCAUCCGGUCGAACAUCUUGAUGCUUAACCAUGAUCAUGUAGACAUGUUAUGGAAUGCAAAAGACCAAUUCCCUAAAGAUUUUCGGUUUGAGGUUAUCUUUUCCGAUAUGGAUGCAGUUACUUCACAUGUUACAACAGAGCCUGUUAUUCAUCAAGAGAAACAAGGACUUGGGGUUGAAGAAUUUGCUAAGGUCCUAGAUAUCUUUAACCAUUUAGACUGGUUGGAUGGGAAGAGGGAUACUGUACCUCACACAACCCAGCUAAAGAUCUCAGCCGUUACUGAUGAGCCUGAGACUUUCUUUGAUACUCGAGAAGAACUUGAGUCUGAAAUUUUACCUGGUGAAAAUAAUUCUUCUACUGUUGUUCUGAAGCUCGGAAAUGAAUUGGGUAUGCUUCUCAGCACGGAACCAAGACAUAUUCGCCUAGACUCAAGUUCAGCUAAUAUUCAAUCCAAAUCAAAUACUACAGCACUAUCUCCUUCGCGAACAGGACCAAAGACCAGUGGUUCAUCUAUGGAACCGUCUUCAAAUACAGUCAUGCAACAACAAUCAUCUUCACCUGUUCAGCCUCGGCGAGUGAUGUCUGACUCUGCUGUCCAAAUUUUACCAGAGAUAUCAGAAUCAGUAUCAGCUGAGAAGUCUGGUUCACAAACUCCAGUUGAGCAUUCACCUUCACCUCUGAUGGCAAAUAAAUCAGCAUCAACAGCAUCCCUUAUACCCUUAUGCACUCCUCCUCCUCUUCCUCCCCCUCCACCCACUGUCUCAUUACUCCCUGUUCCCGCUAAGUUACCCAAAAAUACUAGCACAAGUACUAUCAAUAUCUCCCUUAGAGCAACCGUGCACCCCUCUACACCUUCUUCAGAACCAUCAGUUCCUCCUCAAGGUUUGUCAAGAACUGGAAAGCUGGUUCCUCCUCAAGGUUUGUCAAGAACUGGAAAGCUGGUUAAGUCACAAGAACCAUCUAAUGAAAUUCGUGGGGAGUUACAAACUGAUAGUGCUACAGGUCCCAGUGUUUUUGCGUUGUCAUCAUCUUCGUCACUGUCACUGGAUAAGGAAUUAAGCAGCACAAGAGCAUCUCUCCCAGUGGAUUUGCCUGAAUUACCUCAGACUUCAGACACUAGACCCUUGGCAAUACCAGAGACAAGAUCUGAUACUAUGCCGCCGCCGCCACCUCCACCUCUUCCAAAAUCAGGCAUGAUACUGUUUCCUAUGUCACAGAGCGAAGAGGUAACAAUCACUAUAGAAAAGGUUGUACCACCUCAGCCUCCACCUCCUCCACCACCACCACCGUUUUCAAAUUCAAACCCAUAUACGGUAUCUGCAAUUUCGUCUUCACAAAAAAGAGCCCGAUCUCCAACGCCCCAGGCCCCAGCAUUGGCAAAACCAUCAUUUUCCUCUCCACAGCCACCGCCACCGCCGCCACCACCUCCGCCUCCUCCGCUGCUUAAUAACACUGACGGCUCAUUAUCUCAACCGCAGUUACUAGAAAAAAAGGAUAGUGCAACUUCAAAGUAUCUAGGCACAGUAUCUUUAACACCUAAGUUUUUACAAGCACACAGUGUUCCGCGGCUGCAAACACCGCCUGUCCCACCUCCUCCACCUCCUCAAACAGUGCCAGUUCCACCUGCACCACCUCCUCCAUCUAAAACACCGCCUGUUCCACCUCCACCACCUCCUCGAACACCGCCAGUUCCACCUGCACCACCUCCUCCAUCUAAAACACCGCAUGUUCCACCUCCACCACCUCCUCCAUCUCGGCCAUCGCAUGUUCCACCUCCACCACCACCUCCUUCUCAAACACCACCUGUUCCACCUCCACCACCUCCUCCUUCACAACUUUUUCCAUCAAUAAGCAAGAGAAAUGAUGUGGCAGCCACUCAUCCACCUCCACCUCCCCCACCAUUGCCAUCCCAUGUUACUUCUGCACCACCAGUGCCACCUGCACCCCCAUUACCUCCUCCUAAGCUAGCUGCGGCCAACAAUGUUCCACAGAAGUCAUCAACAAUCCAACCACCACCACCUCCACCAGGCCCCCAUCCUAAGGUUUCAUCACAUUCUUUACCUAGUAAGGGAAGUGUUGUCAGUUCUAACCCUCCCCCACCUCCGGCAUUUUCAUUUGGUGCAAAGGACCGUAGCACAGCCCGCUCAAAAAGCCCUAGAAGUUUACGUCCCAACCAGUCAUCUAAGAGGACUCCACUGAAGCCAUUGCACUGGGUGAAAGUAUCAAGAGCGACACAGGGAAGUUUAUGGGCUGAAACACAGAAGUCUGAUGAAGCAUCUAGGGCUCCAGAGAUUGAUAUUUCUGAGCUUGAAAGUCUUUUCUCUGUAACGAUGCCAAAUAUGGAGGCAAAACGACAACGACAACAUCCUUCUGUUGCAACAAAACAAGAAAAAGUUCUUCUGAUUGACCUUCAGCGCUCAAAGAAUUGUGAAAUUAUGCUGAGAAACAUCAAGAUGCCACUGCCUGAUCUAAUGGGUUCAGUGCUUGCCCUUGAUGAUUCCAUAGUUGAUGGUGAUCAAGUAGAUUACUUGAUAAAGUUCUGUCCAACUAAGGAAGAAAUGGAACUUCUCAAGGGUUAUACAGGCAAAAAGGAAAACCUAGGGAAUUGUGAACAGUUCUUCAUGGAAAUGAUGAAAGUACCUAGGGUGGAGUCAAAACUGAGAAUCUUAUCAUUUAAGAUUAAGUUUGUUACACAGGUUGCAGACCUAAAAGAUAGUUUGAAUACCAUCAAUUCUGUUGCUGAAGAGGUUAGGAGCUCUGUCAAGCUUAAGCGAGUGAUGCAAACUAUUCUUUCUUUGGGGAACGCAUUAAACCAAGGAACUGCUAGGGGUGCAGCUGUUGGAUUUAGACUGGAUAGUCUUCUUAAGCUCAGUGAUAUACGGGCACGUAAUAACAGGAUGACUCUCAUGCAUUAUUUAUGCAAGGUUCUUUCAGACAAGCUUCCUGAAGUUCUUGACUUCAACAGGGAUCUUGCACAUUUAGAACCUGCCUCAAAGAUACAACUAAAGGAGCUAGCAGAAGAAAUGCAAGCAAUAACUAAAGGACUGGAAAAAGUCGAGCAGGAACUAGCAACAUCUGAAAAGGAUCCUCCAGAGACAGAGAUAUUUUACAGGAAAUUGAAGGAAUUCCUUGCUGAUGCCCAAGCUGAAGGAAGGUCAUUAGCUUUGCUUUACAGCACUGCGGGGAAAAGUGCUGAUUCUCUAGCACAUUAUUUCGGUGAAGAUCCUGUGCGGUGUCCUUUCGAGCAAGUUGUCUCAACAUUGCUAACCUUCGUUAGAACUUUUGAGCGUGCCCAUGCUGAGAACGUUAAACAGAUGGAGCUGGAAAAGAAAAGAGCCCAAACGGAAGCAGAAAAAGAAAAAGCCAAGCUUGCUGCUGACAAGAAGGGGGGAUCGCAGGAGCGAAGAAUUUCAGAGCGGUGACUCACCCUCGCUUCUCGCAUCUGGAUAACAUGCGUUUCACUAAUUCCCUGCCACUACAACACCUAAGGUCUGUGGCAGAAAGUUUUGUAGCACUUCUUCAGCGAGUAUGACAAGGGAGAUAGGUGGAAGUGUUGCUGUGUAGUCCUAAUACGAGAGUUCAGUUAAUUAGCAGAUAAUCUGAGGUGCACUACUAUUUUUUGGUUCUUGAUGUAAAUAGGAGUUCCAGAUCUGUUGUCACUGUAAAACAAAGGGAGGUACACUCUCCUGGUUACCUUGGGGAAAGCCCCUGUUAGAAUAAAUAGGUAAUCAUCUGUGUCCAUAUACAUGUAAAAUGUGUACAUUCUCCAUGUACUGAUGCUUUUGUACAGAACGAAGCAACAUUGUAACUAGAAACGAUCACCGGGUCAGACCCCUGUAUAAGCUACUGCAACACGGCCAAACAUCUGCCUGGACUCGCCAGGAGACUAUUUUUUAA